UCUUCAUACUCCUCCUCCUCCUUUUACUCCUCCUCCUCCUCCUCAUCAUCAUUCUCCUCCUCCUUUUACUCCUCCUCCUCCUCAUACUACUCCUUCUACUCCUCCUCAUCAUACUCCUCCUCCUCCUCCUUUUACUCCUCCUCUUCAUACUCCUCCUCCUCCUCCUCCUUUUACUCCUCCUCAUCAUACUCCUCCUCCUCCUCCUCCUUUUACUCCUCCUCAUCAUACUCCUCCUCCUCCUCCUCCUUUUACUCCUCAUCAUCAUACUCCUCCUCCUUUUACUCCUCCUCCUCCUCCUCCUUUUACUCCUCCUCCUCCUCAUCAUCAUUAUCCUCCUCCUUUUACUCCUCCUCUUCAUACUCCUCCUCCUCCUCCUUUUACUCCUCCUCAUCAUACUCCUCCUCCUCCUCCUUUUACUCCUCAUCAUCAUACUCCUCCUCCUCCUCCUUUUACUCCUCCUCUUCAUACUCCUCCUCCUCCUCCUCCUCCUCCUUUUACUCCUCCUCCUCCUCCUCCUUUUACUCCUCCUCCUCCUCCUCAUCAUUCUCCUCCUCCUUUUACUCCUCCUCCUCCUUUUACUCCUCCUCCUCCUACUCCUCCUCCUCAUCAUCAUACUCCUCCUCCAUACUCCUCCUCCACCACAUCCUUCUACUUCUCUUUCUACUACCCCUCCUCCUCUUCUUCCUCUUCCUCUUCCUCCUCCUCUUUCUAUUCCUCCUUCUCAUCCUCCUCCUCAUACACCUCCAAGCAGUGGAGGAGUGCAAGGUCUCUAACAUCCACCAGCUCAGUGAUGUCAUCAUGGAGGGGUGGAAAAGGACUCCAGUGGCAACCUACCUGGAGCUGAAAAAGAGUCUUCCAUCCCUCAUGCACAAGGAGCUGAAAGAGUUCGUCUUGUUUGUACGAGUCAACCAGCGUUUUGUGUCUCAGUAUGAACUGGCCAUGACUGACCCAGCAGACCCGGGCCAGCUGUGCAACGCCAUCUCAUCCCAAGGAGCCUCCAUUGGCAGUCACGAGGAAUUGCUUCGUGGGCUGAUGGAGGGGGUCCAAACAUUGGCUGAGCGCCAUGACUCGGUGUUGGACAUGCUGUUGGCGCCCCACCGUCCCUCAUUAACUAGGCAGUUAGCAGCGCCGCAGCCCCUUCCCGGGAGCCCCGGUUGCCUCCACCAGAAGAGCUGA